AUGAAUCGUCACCUUGGCACCGAAGACAAGGAUUGGGAUAUCGAUUCAGAAGAAGAAGAGGAUAACGUAAGAAGUCGCCUUCAUAUGACCGCAAUAAAGAAUGUAAGACUUCGCCUUAACUUCGAUAGUGAUGACUGUUCGGAGACUCCCAAAGAAGUCAAACCAACAUCAGAUCACAAAAUCUAUGAAAAGGAGACGUUUGGUAUAGUUGCCAUUCCUAAUAUUGCCCUGGGAUUAUCGCACCUCACCAUCACUGCCUCAAUCACCGACAGGAAAGGAUUUGUCGAAGAAAAAGCGCAACGCUCACUAGGCUUGAAUACUUGA